UUGAUGUGUUUGACAUCAAGCCCGCAUAGAUAUUUUUAUUUAAUGUUUUAUAAAUAUUUAAUAAAUCCUUGUAGAAACAAGUAAAAAUCUAAAAAUAUGGGCAUUGAGACAAGAUCAGAAGACGAUAUCAGUGCAGCAGCAGCAAAUAUUGUCUUAUGUUGCGUGUCUGGUACAAGGCUAAGUGCACACGUUAAGAACUAUACACAGCCAGGAGUGCACGCUAACUGUUUCAUUCAUGGAUUGCUGGGUUUCUUUCACUCCCAAAGUGACAAAAUAAGCCGAGAUUUAAGUGACGCUUUCGUAAUAAGCACAGUGGCGACUCGUUACCUCGCAUUACCUUGUUUAAUGGCGGAUCUAUACAGCGCAGACCGGAACAUGAGCGCCGCACACCUGAUAUCCGGUUUGAUACCAUUUGUCCUCGCAUUAGCGGGAAAAGAGCACCAAAAACUGGGGAAUAUCGUCAUAGCUGGCAACCUCAUAUCGUUGUGUGUGUAUUCUCACCGCCGUGACAGAAUAUGGGGUCUCUACGCGGCUGGCGCAGGGUUUUUGGCGUACUUCUUAACACCAGAUUCAGGGAUUCAAAUUGCGUAUCCUCUAUUCUUAUCGUUAUUUAAUUAUUGCGCAUCAAAUAUUUAUAGUUGAGUUUUGAAUAAAAUUUGAUU